GGCGCCCCAAGGAAGUUUCCAGAGCUUUCGAGGAAGGUCCCCGUAACUCGAAUUCAUCCGCCUGAUGAUUUUCCUACCUUUUCCUAAGGGAGGAGAAGGAUGACAAGGGAGAGAGAGAAGCCGAUCUGUUAGGAUCCUUUGUUCUGGCUUUGAGGAAUUUAGGGCUCAGUUAAAGGGCCUAACUCCGUCGCGGGAGGUGGGGCCGAGCGGACUACUUUCAGCGGCGCAGGGACACGACGCCUACGUAGGAGUCAUGAGUAACGCAACAGACGUCGCAUAAAUUCCGGCCCCGCCGAGCCGGAGCACUCAGAGGCGACUGGCUUUGUGUGUGGGGUGUCUGCUGGUGUGGAAGUGACGCGACGUGAUUGGAUUUGCGGUAUUUUCGCGUUCGUUGACAGGUCAAAAUGCAGAUCUUCGUGAAGACCUUGACGGGCAAGACCAUCACCCUGGAGGUGGAGCCCAGUGACACCAUCGAGAAUGUGAAGGCCAAGAUCCAGGAUAAGGAGGGCAUCCCUCCUGACCAGCAGAGGCUCAUCUUCGCAGGCAAGCAGCUGGAAGAUGGCCGCACUCUUUCUGAUUACAACAUCCAGAAGGAGUCGACCCUGCACCUGGUCCUGCGUCUGAGGGGUGGUAUGCAGAUCUUCGUGAAGACCCUGACCGGCAAGACCAUCACCCUGGAGGUGGAGCCUAGCGACACCAUCGAGAACGUGAAGGCCAAGAUCCAGGAUAAGGAAGGCAUCCCUCCUGACCAGCAGCGGCUCAUCUUCGCAGGCAAGCAGCUGGAAGAUGGCCGCACUCUUUCUGAUUACAACAUCCAGAAGGAGUCGACCCUGCACCUGGUCCUGCGUCUGAGGGGUGGUAUGCAGAUCUUCGUGAAGACCCUGACCGGCAAGACCAUCACCCUGGAGGUGGAGCCCAGUGACACCAUCGAGAAUGUGAAGGCCAAGAUCCAGGAUAAGGAGGGCAUCCCUCCUGACCAGCAGAGGCUCAUCUUCGCAGGCAAGCAGCUGGAAGAUGGCCGCACUCUUUCUGAUUACAACAUCCAGAAAGAGUCGACCCUGCACCUGGUCCUCCGUCUGAGGGGUGGCUGUUAAUUCUUCAGUCCUGCAUCCAUAUCGCCCAGUGAUGGCAUUACUCUGCACUCUAGCCAUUUGCCCCAAUUUAAGUUUAGAAAUUGCCAGUUUCAGUAAUAACUGAACCUGUUCAAAAUGUUAAUAAAGGUUUUGUUGCAUGGUA